AUGUAAUGUACGUAACAACAACAACGAUUCUUCAUCUGUGGGAGUGAUAAACAAAGCGUACGAUAUUGCAUUUCCUUAAUUAUUCACUGAUUUUGUGGUUAUUUAUAAUUAUAAUUAGCGCUGGCAGAUUAUACGACCUUUUAAUUAAGCGUUUGUAUAAUGGCUAAAGAAGACAUAUCACUACCAGUGGAAAUGGAGAAACUUGAAAUUGAACCUGUGAAAAGCAAAAACAAUACUGACGCUAACCCAUUUUUUCACUCACAGCCACAGCAAAGAAGACAUUUGCUCCCAAGAGGCACUCAAACAUUAAGGUGCCAUUGCUCGACCCAAAGAAACAAAAGUUCCAUGUCAAUCUGCAAAAAGAAAAAUACUAACAACAAAAUUCUUAAAAAACCAGUCUUGAAAUUGCUACAAAACUAUUGUAAAGAUACUGAAGAAUCUCACAACUGCUGUUCAUAUCCUAAUAAAAUAGUGACUCCACUAGAAGGUGUAAAUUCGGAAAAUUCUGUCUUGUGUGCACUAGUGCAAAACUGCAAUCAAUUGAGAAUAUCUUCUGAACGGGACAAUGCUGCAAUUGCAUCGUCAAGCAAUGAUACAAAAUGGUGGAAAAAAGAGUUACCUUGCAACAGUAUUCAGAGCAGAGAAUCAGUAACAGACAAAGGUAGAGCCGGCCCCUCUUGUUCCCAGCAGGCUCUGAAUCCACCAUGUGAUGUCACUAUUGAUGAAUUAGCUAGUUACUUUGAAACAUUUGUCCACAUACCUAAAAAAAUGUCUUCUAUGGCUGAAAUGAUGUAUAUUUGAACUAGGUUUACUCACAGUUAGACCUUGUGUUAAAUUAGUGGUCCAUUUUUACAGGCCAUUUUCUUCAGUUUUAUUACUUGAAAAACAAACACUUGUUUGUUUAUUAAAAUUAAUUCAUAUGUGGUAUUAUUAAUGAUGGUAUUUAUUAUUUCACAUUUAUGUAGAGUCUGUCAAAGCUAACUGUGCUCCAAUUU